AUGAAUGUCUUAAAAUCCUUAAGCAAAUAUAUUUGGGGAAACCCUGAUAAUCCUGAACUCAUAAAGAUAACAAAUGGUGAACUUUACCUUGUUAGACCGAACAGUUUAAAAGGAAACCGAGAGUGCAUUUUUCACACCGCUCAAGCUAGCGUUCGGCGUACUGGGACCGAUUGGCAAUAUCAAAUAGUUAUCAGUAGAGUAUUUGAUGAAGGUGAAGAAGAAUUGAUGGAUGAUGAUGAAGAAGAAUUUGAUGAAGAAAAGAUUUUCCUUAUUGAUGAAUCUCUAAGGUUUCGUAAGGGUCAAUUCGAAGGACUCGCCUCAUUCUCUUGGAGGGAUUUAUCCGGAGACCCUGAUGAUUUAUUUGAAUUUGUUUGUGACAUGAAUGUUACCGCGCAUACCGUAAAUACCUUUGAAUUUACAGUGUAUAAUUGUAUGUUUGAACGAAAAUUUCAAUUAUCUCAUGAAGAAGCGACGGAAGAAGGGAUUCAAAGUUUUAUUUACGAGCCAGGAAAGAAAGAUGAUCAAAUUGAUAAGACACCACCAUCAACCCCAAAGAAUGGAAGAACUGGUUCAAAAAGUCCAUAUGCCACGCCAACAUCAGCUAGUACGACUCCGAAGAAGGCGCGAACUGCGGAAAAUCCAUCUACCCCCACAAAGUCGGCCAUUAUAUUAGAGCUUCCUGGCGUCGGCUCGUUCAAGACUGUUUCGAUGAUUGAUGUUGAGGUCGAAUUACACGUCUUUGAUCCACGUACUGCCACAUUUUUAAUGCAAUCACCUCUAGCAACAACGAGCAUUUUAAGAGGGAAUGGUUAUGAAUGUAUCCUUUUGGAUUGGCUUCUUGUUGAGGAUGAAGAUCAAAGGCACGUGAUACAGAGAAUAGAACCGAGAAUGAAUCCGGUGUUCAAUACGACACAUCACUGUUUUAUAUGGGUAUAUUUUGAUGGUAAAAAUUCUAUCUCUUUCAAUGAUGAUAUCCUAGAACAUGAGACUAAUCACCAUUUUGGAUAUUCUUUAGGAAAUAAUCUGAUCCAUUCCUUUUUAAUCAAAUUUCUGGACUCGGAUCAUGAAACCAGCUUUAAAAAGAGAUUCACUUCAGCUAUGUAUGAAACUUUAAACGAGACGAAAGCCAAGGAAGAGGAACAAGAUUAUCUUCUGAAUGCAUAUCAGGAUGAAGAUGUCGAGAUGAGUGAUGCCAGGGAUUCCGAUGAAGAGGAAUCGGAAGAAGAGGAGGAUUCGUCAGAAGAAGACGACGAUGAUGAUAUCAACACCGAAGCUGAAGAAGGAGACGGUGUUAACACCCAACUUACCGUUGGUCAUAAACUUGAUAGAUCUUUUGUUCUUAAGGGCAAUAAAAUUGGUGUAUUCAAACACAUUGACGAUGAUAAGAUAGAAUUUUCUACUAAUAUCAAUAAUAUUAAGACAACUCACGGGAAAAAAUUCAAUCCUUCAAAGAUGAUGUUGCACGAGGGUGAUUCCACCAUGAUUUUGAUGGAUGAAAACGAUGAGCAUAACCUUUACAAGAUGGACCUAGAAUAUGGAAAAGUGGUAGAAGAAUGGAAUGUUCAUGAUAUAAUUCCUGUUGCCAAUAUUUUCCCAAAAAGCAAAUUCGCCCAAAUGACGGGAGAAAAAACAUUCAUAGGUUUAUCACAAAAUUCGAUAUACAGCAUCGACCCUCGCUUGCCGGAUUAUAAAUUGGUUGAUGAAAAGCGUCGGCAGUACGUUACCAAGAAUGAUUUUCUCAGUGGAACCACUGAUGCGAAAGGUCACAUUGCCGUAGGAACUGCUAAAGGUGAUAUCAAACUAUUUGAUUCGCUGGGAAAGAUCGCAAAAACAAAUUUACCUGCCAUGGGAAGUGCUAUCAAAGGAAUCGACGUGACUUCUGAUGGUAAAUGGCUAAUUGCUACUACCGAUAAGUAUUUGCUGUUGAUAAACACAGAAAUCAAAUCCGAUCAUGAAGGUAGGACAGGAUUUGAAAAAAGUUUCGCAAAAACAGAAAAGCCAAAAGCCAAAAGGCUUCAAUUGAAACCGGAACAUUUAGCUCUUAUGAAGCAUGACGUUAAUUUUACGCCGGCAAGAUUUAAUACCGGAGAAUAUGAAACAGAAAGAACGAUUAUCACUAGUACUGGACCAUUUGUUAUCACUUGGAACUUCCGACAAGUCAAACUAGGCAAAUUAAAUGAAUAUCAUAUUAAGCGAUAUAGUGAUGAUGUAGUCGCAGACAAUUUCCGAUUCGGACAAGAUAAGUCAAUCGUUGUUACUUUGCCAUAUGAUGUUACUCUAACCAGAAAGAAACAUUUAUCAACUCCGACAAAAUCAAUCCUUACACCUUCAAUG